AUGUCUGAGCAACAAUCAAACGGAGCUUCUCCCAAGGUCACUGGCCUCAGUGAGCGCACCCGCGCCAAAUGGGCGUCCGCAUCGACGCCAGAGGAGAUCGCGGCCAACUUGCCCCCCAUGCUCGAUUUGACCAUUGAGAACAUCACCGAGAAUGUCAUGAAGAUCAACUCCAUGUGUGACAAUCCUCGCAUGCGGUACCUCAUUCUGAAGUUGAUCCAAGCCGCCCACGACUACAUCCGGGAUGUCGGUCUUCAAUUCGACGAAUGGGAGCAAGCGUGGCAAUUCCUGACCAGAGUCGGUCAAAUCUCAACCGACGUCCGUCACGAAUUCGUCCUCCUCUCCGACAUCCUGGGUAUCUCGGCUCUCGUCGACGCCCUCUCCUACCCCACCGUGCCUGGCGCAACCGAGUCCUCCGUGCUCGGCCCCUUCCACGACGAAGAGGCCCACUCAUUCGAAUACGGAGAGUCCAUCACUGCAGAGGGCACACCCGGGGAGCCCACAAUCGUGCGGGGCUGGAUCAAAGACACGGAAGGCAACGCCGUGCCCAAGGCUUUGAUCGACGUCUGGGAAACCGACGGCAACGGCGUAUACGACCUGGAGUACGACGGAUCAGAGGACCCCAACUGCCGCGGAAAGAUCUUCUCCGACGAAAGGGGCCACUACCUCUUCUCCUGUGUUAAGCCCGUCGCUUACCCCAUCUCUAAUGACGGUCCCGUCGGAGAGCUCCUGCGGAAGCUGAAGCGCCAUUGGUUCCGUCCUGCUCAUAUGCACUUCAUGGUCGCCCACCCCGAAUACACCAAGCUCAUCACGGCCCUGUACUCCCGCGACAGCAACUUCGUGGAGAGCGAUACCGUGUUCGGCGUCAAGAAGAGCCUGAUUGUGGAUUACAAUUGGUGCGAGGAUCUGGAGCUGGCUAAGCAGCAUAAUGUGGAGCCUAUGGUUAAGACGAUUGAUGGAUGCGAGUCGAAGGGGUUCUGGCUCUUGGAGCGUGACUUUAUCCUUGUGAAGAAGAGUCCUCCUCCGCCUCGUAAGACGGAGGAUUUGGAUUAG